AUGUUCCAGCACAGCAGCAAUAAUAAGAAAUGCUUCACCAUCGAGUCUCUGGUGGGGAAGGAUCCGAGCAGCUUCAGCGGCUCCGCGGAGGAACCCAUCCGGCCCACGGCGCUCCGCUUCCCGGACUCCCUGCACCCGGCCGCCGGGGUGUUCGGCUCCUGCUUCCAGUCCGGCAGCGGCGGCAGGACUUUAUACGCAUCAGCCGGGCCGGACCUGGUGCUGCAGGAGCCCGGGACGCACAGCACGCAGAGCCCCGCAGGACUCCCGCUGCACGCGCUGCAGAUCCCGCCCCCCCCGCAGAGCUUCUUCAGCCCGCAGCACCGGGAGCACGCGCUCAGCUUCUACCCCUGGGUGCUCCGCAGCAGGUACCUGGGCCACCGCUUCCAAGGUGAGCCAGACCUCCUCCAGCAGGCCUCCAGCAGCUCUUAA